CGGUUCAACUGUACGUUGUCCUCGCCAUGUCGCCGGAUGAUGCAGUUCAUACCAGCUCCCGACCGCUGCAUGACCGCCGCGCGGGGGCGCACCAUACUACAUUCCUGCCUUUGGUCCUGGGAGCAACAGGUGUGGUGUUUGGUGACAUUGGAACCUCGCCUCUGUAUACCUUCAACAGUAUCUUCACGGAGCUGAAUGCCGUGCCGGAAGAGGCUGAUGUGCAGCAGGCAUUCUCCGUGAUGUUCUGGACACUGACAUGGAUGAUUUGCUUCAAGUACAUUGGCCUUGUCAUGCGUGUCAGCCAUCACAGGGAGGGAGGAACUUUUGCAAUGAUGAAAGUCAUCCUACAAACUUUGCGUGACGAUCAAGAUCCAGAUUCGUCAGAUGACGACACCGACGAGGAGAUGACAGGAAUUGGUAGUCGCCCAGAACGUCGAUCGUUCCGUCAGCGAGUGGUACUGGUUCUGGGCAUGUUGAGCUGUUCCAUGCUGGUGGGAGAUGGAGUCAUCACUCCGCCCAACUCAGUGCUGGGAGCCUUGAACAGCCCAUGCUUACAAGUGCCAGAGAGCUGGAAUGUGUGCAUCGCAGUGGCGAUUCUACUCGGAGUGUUUGGCUUGCAACGCAUGGGCAGCCGCAUCAUCGGUUGGAUCGCAGGGCCUAUCAUGGUGCUGUGGUUCUUGACGAUUGCUGCCUUGGGUUUGUACCAAAUUCUCCUGAACCCUGAGCUUGCUGCCUAUGUUGCUCGUGGAUUCAACCCCG